GCUAUGGACGGCGGAGGGAACGGUGGUGGGCUACCUGUAAACAACAGACAAAGAGCGAUGUUGCCGAACAAAACCAGGGGCGAAUUCCCUCGAAAUUCAAGGAAAGACUCAGAGGGACCAUCUGAAUUCCCAGAUCUUGAGUUUGAAUAUUCUGAUACAGACAAGUGGGCUGCAGAACUGUCAGAGCUUUACAGUUACACGGAGGGACCAGAAUUUACUCUUAACAGAAAGUGCUUUGAGGAGGAAUUCAGAGCUCAUGUGUCUGAUAAGAAGUGGACAGAGCUGGAUGCAGCUCAGCACAGAGCUCAUGCAAUGCGCCUCUUGGACAAUUUGGAAGUCAUCGCUCGCGAAAAAAGAUUGAAGGUUGCACGGGCCAUUCUCUACAUGGCUCAGGGGACAUUUGCAGAGUGCAGCUCCGAGGCAGAGGUACAGCAUUGGAUGAGAUACAACAUAUUUCUGCUGCUGGAUGUGGGGACCUUUUCUGCAUUGAUAGAGCUGCUCAACAUGGAGAUGGAUAACAGUGCUGCCUGUAGUAGCGCAGUCAGGAAACCAGCCAUCUCCCUCGCUGACAGCACUGAUCUUAGGGUGCUGCUUAAUAUAAUGUACCUCAUGGUGGAGACAAUCCAACAGGAUGACCUAGCUGACAAACCUGAAUGGAAAAUCAUCAGGGAAACCUUCAGAGCAGAACUGGGAUCUCCUUUGUUCAACAAUGAGCCCAUUUCUGUCAUGCUCUUUGGUAUGGUUACCAAGUUCUGUAGUGGCCAUGCCCCUCACUUCCCAAUGAAGAAGGUGUUACUGCUGUUGUGGAAGAGUAUACUGUUCACACUCGGAGGGUUUGAGCAACUCCAGAGCAUCAAAGUACAUAAACGAGGAGAACUGGGUCUUCCUCCUCUCCCAGAGGACAGCAUUCGAGUCAUUCGCAGCAUGAGGGCAGCUUCUCCUCCUGCCUCAGCAUCUGACCUCAUUGAGCAGCAACAAAAAAGGGCUCGCCGUGAACACAAGGCGCUGAUCAAACAGGACAACCUGGAUGCAUUCAAUGAGAAGGAUCCCUACAAGGCUGACGACUCUCGUGAAGAUGAGGACGACAAUGAUGACAACGACAACUCUUUAGAGACAGAGACUUUCCCAUUAGAAAGAGACGAAACCAUGCCUCCACCCAUUCCUCACCCUCCAUCAGAGAGGGUUUCCUUCCCCAAGGGACUGCCGUGGGCUCCUAAAGUCAGAGAAAAAGACAUUGAGAAUUUUCUGGAAUCAAGUCGAAGUAAAUUCAUUGGUUACACGCUUGGGAGCGAUACAGAUACGGUGGUCGGCUUACCCAGGCCAAUUCAUGAGAGCAUCAAAACAUUAAAGCAGCAUAAGUAUGUUUCUAUAGCAGAAAUGCAGAUUGUAAAGGAGGAUGAAUACCAGAAAACCCCUCUGUCUGGUGGUGAAGAGGAGGUGGACAUGUCUGCCACUGAGCUGCUCUACCAGGGAAUUUUGCCUAGUUUGCCUCAGUACAUGAUCGCGCUGCUGAAGAUACUCCUCGCUGCUGCUCCAACAUCCAAAGCCAAAACUGACUCCAUUAACAUCUUAGCAGACGUGCUGCCGGAAGAGAUGCCGACCACGGUGCUGCAAAGCAUGAAGCUCGGUGUCGAUGUCAACCGGCACAAAGAGAUCAUUGUGAAAGCAAUCUCUGCCAUCCUGCUCCUGCUACUGAAACACUUCAAACUGAAUCACAUCUACCAGUUUGAGUACAUGGCUCAACACCUGGUGUUUGCCAACUGCAUCCCGCUCAUCCUGAAGUUCUUCAACCAGAACAUCAUGUCUUACAUCACAGCCAAGAAUAGCAUUUCAGUACUUGACUUUCCAUAUUGUGUGGUGCAUGAGCUUCCAGAGUUGACUGCAGAGAGUUUGGAAGCUGGAGAUAACAACCAGUUUUGCUGGAGAAAUCUGUUUUCAUGCAUCAACCUGCUAAGGAUCCUGAAUAAGUUGACCAAGUGGAAGCACUCCAGAACAAUGAUGCUGGUGGUGUUUAAGUCGGCCCCCAUCCUGAAGAGGGCGCUGAAGGUCAAGCAGGCCAUGAUGCAGCUCUAUGUUCUGAAACUGCUCAAAGUCCAGACCAAAUACCUGGGGAGGCAGUGGAGGAAGAGCAACAUGAAGACCAUGUCUGCUAUCUACCAGAAAGUCCGACAUCGCCUCAACGAUGACUGGGCCUAUGGAAACGAUCUGGAUGCUCGUCCCUGGGACUUCCAGGCUGAGGAGUGCGCCCUGCGCGCCAACAUCGAGCGCUUCAACAGUCGUCGCUACGACAAGAGCAACAGCAAUCCCGACUUCCUGCCUGUGGACAACUGCCUGCAGAGUGUUCUGGGACAGAGAGUGGACCUACCUGAGGACUUCCAAAUGAACUAUGACCUUUGGCUGGAGCGGGAGGUCUUCUCCAAACCCAUAUCCUGGGAAGAACUGCUACAGUGAGAAUCAACCCCUUUUAUGUUUUUUGUUUUUUUGUUUGUUUGGUUUUAAAAUACCGGUUUCUGUCUGGAGUUCAGAAGAACCUCUUAAAGAAGCUCUUAACUGUUCUAACUCUGAGCGCUGCUUUACGUUGCGUCUCUGACGGAUGGAUCACAGAGGUUUCAGCUGUCAUGGAUCCGCUGGCAUCGGUCUGGUUUUGCAGGAUGAGCGAUUACCCCGACCAAAUAUUUUUGUGAUGAACUGUUGCCUCUAUGAAAUUUAGCAUUAAUGUGAGUCAGUCCAAAAACAAAAGAACAUCCUUUUGUACUGAAGUUCCCUGAAACUGUUCCCACUGCCCUCACUUUUAUAAUGAAAUCAAUGCUUAAUUCCAUUUAUGAUCUUGAACUGAACUCCGAUCGUAUAUUUCCAGGUUUUUUUUUGCUCCGUGUGCAUUUUAACUGCUACAGUAGAUCAGUAAAUGAGCUAGAAGCACUACAUCACCCCAGAGUCACUUUGGUUUUCAAUUAAAGUUAUUUUGAAUUGUUUAUUAUUAACUAUUAAGAUGAGGGGUUCAUCAUAUUUAUAUUUCAUAUAAUUUAUAUGAUAUUUCCUGGUGUCAUCUCGUAUCUAUCAAAUGGAUUGGCAGGAGCUUUUUAGUCAGUAUUGUAUACAUUUUACUUUUUGAUGGUGACUGGGAUGUGACAAGUUUUCUCCAGAUUGAUCUCAUUGUUAUUCAAUCUAAUUUGGAUUAUUGUUGAUUAUUCCAAGUGUCUCUUUUAAACGCUGCUUGCUUUUGCUCCGGGACCAUCAAGAUACUCAGAGAGACUCUGACCGACCUCCAGGCUGAAUGGAAAGAAAAAUAACACGCAGACUUUUUACUCAGCGUGAGACGACUCAUCAGCCUCACGUUUGUUCUGGUGUGAUUGACAAACGUUUGUUGUUGAGAUUUAUUCACUUAUAAGACAGCUGUUCUGAACUUGAGGGGAAAAUUGGCCUAAUUCCCUGUUAUAAAACUCCUUUCAGUUUUUUUUUGUAGUUUGAUUUGUUUUUAUUAGAAAGAUUAAAGAAAAGGAAACAAAAUAUGUAAAUUGUGAGACUUAUUUAUCAUGGCUUUGUUUUUGUUUUACAUGGACUUAAAACUGUAAUAAAAUGAUACUGUAAUGCA